GGCCCAGGCGUUCUUUGGGAGAGGGACCUCUCGCGGUCCCUGACGCAGACAUCGUGCAGCUUUCUCCCCGCAGCUCCUGGGUCGGGAGCCGCUUUGCAGCUCUCGGCUCUGGAAUUGGACUGCGGGAGGGGCGUUUGGGUGGAAUGGGACCUGGCACGCCUGGACCUUCCCGUGGCUGCUCUGCGAGAGCCUGAGAGAUGGGAGGGGAGGCUGAGGUGGGGAGGGAGCCUAGAGAGCUGUAAAAUAAGGAUUGGACCAUUUUUCCAGGCGGCGAAAGCGGCACCUGGACCAUUCAUCAAGAAUUUUGUAUCCAAGGCCCAAAAGUUUGUUACCCAAGAUGAUGAAUGCUGACAUGGAUGCAGUUGAUGCUGAAAAUCAAGUGGAACUGGAGGAAAAAACAAGACUUAUUAAUCAAGUGUUGGAACUCCAACACACACUUGAAGAUCUCUCUGCAAGAGUAGAUGCAGUUAAGGAAGAAAAUCUGAAGCUAAAAUCAGAAAACCAAGUUCUUGGACAAUAUAUAGAAAACCUCAUGUCAGCUUCUAGUGUUUUUCAAACAACUGACACAAAAAGCAAAAGAAAGUAAGGGAUUGACACCCUUCUGUUUUAUGGAAUUGCUGCUGAUCAUUUUUUCUUUAAAACUUGGAUAGAUUCCAAAAGUUACAGUACCUUUGUUUGUGGCUUCAUUGAAUAUUUAUGAAGAUAAUGUCAGAUGUAGACAAAAAUAACACAAUAACAGGAGACUUCCAUAAGUUUGUGUAUUAUGUUAGUCUAUGAAAACGUGCAAAUGUAUUGUAGAGACUUUAUAAUUAGAAUUGCAUAUAUUUAUGAAACUUAAAGAUGAAUGUUUUAUUGAAUUUGUAGGUUUAGCACUGUCUUUUAUUAUAGGAUUAGUAAGAUAUACAAGAAAAUAACCACCAUGUUGUGAAAAAGUGACCAAAAUCAUAUACUAAAUGCACAGCUUUAUGUACCCUGUCCACCAUCUUGUGCCUCUUCUCCAUUUGCCUCUUCCUUCCUAUUUCCCUUCCGCUAAGGAAAAAAAUUGGUGUCACAUUUGUAAAAGUAAUUUUAAUAGUUAAUCAUCUCUGAGAGUAACCUGUAUUUUAAUUGUUGAAACUUAACCAAAAUAAGAUACUGUCUCAGCUAGGGCUUCUCAUUUGUGUAUUUAGUGUUAAGAUAGGAAUGCUAGUGUCUCUUUAAUUAAUUGGAAAUAGAUGGAGGCUAAAAAUGAAGGUUUUUCUUUGAAACUGAAUUAACUUGGGAAUAUUUGUUGUUAAAAACUUCUUUUUGCCCAAAAUAACUCAUUUUGUAUUAUCUGAAAAUAUAUAAUUUCUGGUCAUGUGUAUGUUAAAAUAGAAAAUUUUGAGGAAAAAUGGAAAUAGGGUGGAAAAGUACUCGGUAAACAGUAGUAACCAAAUAUUUUCACUCCAGAUUUGUGUUUUCUCUGGCACAGAGUAGAUCUUUUGGGAAAUAUAUAUGAAAGUGGAUUAAGUUUGACUACCCUUAUGUAAGCCACAUCUGGAUGAGAACAGUUACAAAGAGUUUGGUCUCUAAGUUGAUUCGUACCCAGUGGGUCAACUUCUGCAAAAUUCCAUAACGGUGUAUUAGUAUUAGAAUAGUGAAUAAAAUGGGAAAGUUUUACAUGUAUACUUAUUAUCUUGCUCAGUAUUUUAUCUCACUUGUUCUAGAAUUUUCUGUAAACCCUGCUACUGGGUUUGAAGAGUUUUAGUCAUCCUUUAACAGUUUUAAAAAUUUAGCUUCUAGAUUCCAUUUGGUAAGGAAAUCAAUAUUGGAAGUAUUGCUAAAAUCUUAUAAUAUGAAAAGAGAUCCACUAAUAUAGCUUAUGGUUGUUAGAUUUGGGCUUUUAAUCAUGGAAUAAUCUUAUGUAUUGGUGUAAGAGUUGAUGAAUGACUUUAGCUGUGUGAAUAUAUAAUAGUCAAACUGCAAACAUUUUGCAUCCCUUUUGUGACCUAAUUUACAGACAUUUAAAUUGUGUUGCAGUUCUGCUUUGCCGUUUAAUAAAAAGCUAUUUCAGA